AUGACACCACUCCACCAACUCGGCCUACAGUUGGGGAUAUCGGCGCCUCAAGGCAGUAUCAUUGCUGCACUCACCGAUCCUCGCGACUCGGGACAGGAGGCCAUGUCAGAACAUGAAAAUACCGAAUCUGCUACCUUGCCCCUCGCGCAGUACACUCAUCUGCUCCGCAUCCAGGAAGACAUGAUUACAAGUCUGGAUAGUGAGAAAACUGCGCUUGAGCAGCGAAACCAAGAGCUCGAGAAGUGCCUUAGUGCUACUCGAGAGAAUACCGACAUCCUGCAGCAUAAAUUGCAGGAUAUCUCCAAAAAGCUCGAAGAGUCUGAGGCAUCCAGCGCGGCGAUUGCACGUCGUCUCCAGAGCUGCGAGCAGGAGAUGAAGACCAUAACAUCUACCGCACCGGAAAAUCAACCAUUUGCCUUCGGCGCGCAGUCUCCACCGCAAGCCUUCGAAUUCGGGGUUAGAGAUCUGGCCCCCGAUGCCGCUUUGAAAGGCAUCAAGAUAGCCCACAACGCUCUCAAUGCCCCGGCAAAAUUCGAAUUUGGCGAGAGCUUCAAGCAACUCAACCCCUUCCAGCCAGCAGCUCAAGUCCCAAUUACUCCAGUCACCACCCCUGAGAUGCCGCAACCAAAGGAAAACGACGGCGUCGGCUACUGGAAAGCCAGCAACGAGAACGACAAACUCUACUUCUGCAAGCGCGUCAAGAAAGGCGAGUGCGUCGGCGACUCGAGCAAGUACGAGACCAACGGCGCCCUGAAGAAAGCAUUCCCAGACUUGGACAUGGACGCGCAGCCAUGCGUGUACGGCGGAAAAGAUAGGAAGGAUGAUCUGAAGCGUAGGAACCACGCCAAGCAGAAGCAGCUGUGCGUGGACUGCUGGAACGCGGCCAGAGUUGCGAGCAGUGAGGCUUGUUGA